AUGAGAUUGCUAUAUGCUCUCCCCGCAACUUGCGCGCUCAUCUACCGCGCCAAGAGCAGGAAUUCUUUAACGCCCGCUGGCAUCUUCGCUGCGACUCUGACAGCUGCCGCACACGCCUAUCACCCAUGGAAUCUUCCAUUUGCACUCCUAUGCGUAUUUUUCCUUGCCGGAACACGCGUAACACACAUCAAAGAAGGCAUCAAGGCCAACUAUACGCUUCGUUCAAAGGGUACAUCUGGAGGAGAAGGGCCUAGAACACAUGUUCAAGGUAAGCACUUGAAGAAACUCCUGAAUCAAUUGACUGAUCUUUUGAUGGCCUCUGUCCUCUCCGUCCUCCACGCGAACCAACUACGAAAACGAGAAGCCGCAUUCGCCGAUCCUAAUACUCCGGAUCCCACGGGAUCACUAUGCUUUUCAUGGGGCGGUGACCUCCUGGUCGUUGGAAUCAUUGCCAAUUAUGCGGCCGUCGCAGCCGAUACCUUCAGCUCCGAGCUUGGUAUCCUGUCUUCAGGACAACCUCGACUGAUCACAUCACCAACACUCCGAAAGGUGCCUCGCGGAACAAACGGUGGUGUCACCUUGCUGGGUUUGGGUGCAGGUUUGCUGGGGUCAAUGAUUAUUGUCACCGCAUCCAUGAUAUUCCUACCGUCCUGCAGUGAGGAGUCAUCUCGGACGCCCGCAGGCGGCGCCCCAUGGACGAUGCUGGAGCGACGCAAGUUCAUGGGGUUCAUGGUGAUCUGGGGUGCUCUUGGCAGUGUCUUGGAUAGUUUCUUGGGUGGCCUAUUCCAACGGUCAGUCAGGGACGUACGGUCCGGUAAGAUUGUCGAGGGAGAAGGCGGCAACCGCGUCCUAGUAGCCGAAUCUGCCACGGACGCGGCCGCUCAUUCGAAUGUCAAAACCGAGGCGAUGCAGAGCGAGGCAAAAGAGAAGCUUGGUGGUUCCGCUAUUGUGGACGAUGACGAUGCUCAUGCUGGUGUCUACGAUCAUAAAGACAAGCACCGCAAGUCAAGUUUUGGAGAUCAGCGACCGUCGCGGGCCAUUGAAAACGGGUGGGAUCUUCUGGACAACAAUGAUGUCAAUUUCCUCAUGGCAGUUACGAUGAGCGUUGGCGGCAUGGCAGUAGCCAGCUGGUACUGGGACGUGCCCAUACAGAGCGUCAUGGGUGUGUAG